CAAACCCGGCGGCGUCUAUCAGCGACCAAAGCACCCAGGAUAGGCCCUAGGUUCUGUUCUAGGCCUCGUCCUCGGGAGCCUCUGGUCGUUGGGAAGUCGGCCUUCGCCGAGUAAAACAAACACUAUGAUGCUGGAGGUUGGCUCCUAAAUCGUCCUACCUGACACUCUCACCUUCUCAUCUCCUGCUACUCCCGCCCCUCCCCCUCCACCCACUCGAACUGCAAUUCUGCCCCUAAACUGCAAUUGAAACUCUUCUUCGCCUCUCAACCUCGGCUAGUUCGACACACAAUUCAGCUCUAGAUGAUGGGUGAGGUUUGUAUCGAUGAUGAUGAUGAUGAUCAAGCGAAUUGUCUUUGUUUUGGGCCAGUCUUUGGGGCGAUGCCUUGGUUUUCUUCCCCUUCAUGAAAAGGGGGCUCACUUCUGUGUGGAGUGGUUGCAGUUCGAUUAUGAUAUGCUGAGCGCACACAUCCCCAUAUCGGGACACACAAAAUGAAACACAUGGACACAGAAAUACUUCUGUAACAAACUCUGUUGGUAGGCCACGUAGUCGAAAUCUUUGUCUGGCAUGAGCCUUGUCUUUGCGCUCUUGGGAUCUACGCUAAUCUGGGGAAAGAAUUGGCUAGCCAAUUUAACUUUUACAACCUCAUCUUGUCCUCCUGGUGUUGUUUGCCGACUCUGCAAUCCUAUUGUGAACCACGAAAUGAGCCUGAGCCUUCUUUCAGCAUGUCCAGACAUCGCGACUGGGAUAUCACCUGCAAGGUGUACAUUGGCAACUUGGGCAACAACGCAUCCAAGUACGAAUUGGAGGACGCCUUCUCCAAGUACGGACCCCUACGAAAUGUGUGGGUAGCUCGGAACCCGCCCGGUUUCGCUUUCGUCGAGUUCGAAGAUCCUCGUGAUGCCGAAGAUUCUGUCCGGGGCACGGACGGCACUAGAUUGUGCGGGAGCCGGAUCCGAGUUGAAAUGUCCAGUGGUCAAAGCCGAGGUGGGGGCGGUGGUGGAGGUGGAGGCGGUGGACGCCGAGGAGAUCGACGAGGUGGACGAGAAAUGGGCCGUGGGGGCGGUUAUAGAGGCGGACGUAGCCGAUCUCGGUCUCGUAGCCGAGACCGUGGAGGUGCUGUGGCUGGAGGAGGAGGUGGCGGUGGACGCAGACGUCGUUCUCCGUCUUAUCGUUCGAUGUCUCGAUCUCGCUCUCGCUCAGGAAGCCCUACUGGACGCCCAGGAAGAAUAGGACGGGCCCGAUCCCGUUCAGGUUCUCGAUCUGAUUAGGUCGAGUUAGAUUACCUCUUGACUACUCGGUUGAAUUGAAACAAUCUACCAAAAAGAAUGAUCCCCCAACCCAUUGUACCUUGCGUCCGAUUUUAGUGUUUAGUAUUCUCGAAAAUCAUAACUUCUCACUUUUGCCCCGUCGCCCUCUGACAGCAGAUUCAAUCCGCUGUCGUCGCUCUCGAACCCCUCGGAGGGAUUUUUCUCCCUUACUCCGUAGAGAGUCGUAUUCCUUGAAGUGUUGUCAAAAGCUCCGAGUUAGCUUGCUCUCAAAUGUUACUGGAUUAUCUGUAACGCUCAGAUCGCGAUACCGUGUAAUAAAUGUAUUGAGGUGUU